AUGUCCCAACCAACUUCGCGCACGCAACUCUACCUCCACGACCUCGCAUCCUCGUACCUCCAAGAAGAUCAAUACGCCACAUCGUUUCUCAUUCUAUGCGCCGCACAUUUCCACUUCAUCUGCCACCAUCCAUACACCCAUGACGAAACCUACACCAACGCACUGGACAGUCUAGGCGCUACAGCCCUUAUCCAAUCCACCCCAUCCUCCGCAGAGCGCUACUUCCGCGCCUCCCUCUACGAGAAGAUACCUCGGGCGCUCUCUCUGCAAUCGAAAUACAAGCAAGCAGAGCGCGUGUUGCGGAAGGGGAUUAAGAAGUACAGGUCAUGUCAUGAGAAGCGGCUCGAAGCGGUUUGGAUGCUGGGGCGCGUGGUAGAAGAGCUGGGCAGAGGGGAUGAGGCGUUGACGUUGUUUUGUUGUGCGUGGAUUUCGGCGAAGACGGUGCUUGGGGAGGAGGAUGAGGUGACGGUGAGGUAUGGGAUUGAUUAUAGCAGGCUUAAAGGGCAGAGGGGCGUGGAGGGAUGA